UGAAAUAUGAGGGAAAACCUUUAUUAAACAUGUGAAAUCAAGCAGUAUAAACUCAUUCCAGUGUGGAUCAGUGCAGGUGGAACACAGAAGCAAAAGUCCUGUUUCUGUGGGAACCAGCUGAUAGCAAGUAGACUUUGCCCUGAAGGAAACUGAAGCUACAGGAAGAGCAGCCGAGCGUGGUCUCAGUCGUCACAGCAGAGUUUUGUGUCUGAUAAAAUUUGCUGACUUUUGGGCAAAUGGACCACACUUAUGACAACAGAAACGGUGGAUAUCCUCAACCCCCUCCGUACAGCCCCGGGGACCAUGGACAGAGUUCGUAUACUGGGAUGAGCUAUGACGUGGAGAAGGGCAGCGUUGCAGUGGUCUCCCCUCCUGGAACCUAUGAUAACAUGGUCCAUCCUGUGGGCCCGGGAGCAGGUGGAGACAACCAGCAAUGUGACCAAUCUCCACCCGUCUACUCUCCCGGCUUAGAGGAUAGCGCCUUCAGUGACGCUGCCAUACGGAGAGGUUUUAUAAGGAAAGUCUACUUGACCUUGAUGAUUCAGCUGCUAGUGACUGUGGGGAUCAUCUGCGCUUUUCUUUACUGGGACACACUUAGGAAAUGGGCAUGGAACAACUACUGGUUCACCUACACCAUGAUGGCGGUGGUACUCGUCCUCAUUGUGGCCCUGUCAUGCUGUGACAGUCUCCGGCGUCGAGUCCCCCUCAAUUUUAUUGCCCUGGGCCUGUUUACUGUUGCAGAGGGCCUGAUGCUUGCAUCUGUGGCGGCGUAUUUUAAUGCUGAAGCAGUCAUGUGGGCUGUUGGGGCAACAGCAUUUGUGUCCCUUUCCCUGAGCCUGUUCGCCAUGCAGUCAAAGUGGGACUUCACCACAGCAAGUGGGUGCCUGUGGGUGCUUAUCUGGACCCUCUUUUCAUUCGCCCUCCUCUGUGCAAUCCUCCGAUCACAGUAUGUUUACAUCGUAUAUGCCUGCCUGGGAACACUGCUGUUUUCUUUAUACUUGGUGUUUGACACUCAGAUGAUCCUGGGUGGAAAACACAGGAAGUAUCAAGUCUCUCCCGAGGAGUACAUCUUUGCUGCGCUCAACCUCUAUUUGGACGUCGUCACCCUGUUCCUCUUCUUGCUGCAGCUCAUCGGCCUCUGCCGCUGACACUUAAACUCCAUGGCAGGAUUUCCCCUUAAGAUACUCUUCUUGCACACAUGCAAUCAAUUCGUUGAGUUUGGUAAACACAGACAGCCAGUCUCCCAGACAUGGCUUAAGCCCCCCAAAGCAAAAACACUGAAGAUCUCCACAGAAAAACUUUUUUUGGUCCAAGUCUAGGCUUAAGCCAUGUCUGGGAAACUGAGCCCAUGAUUCAUAUUGAAUACGUCUCCAGACAUCUGUCAGUAUAUUCAAGUUUGCCUAUGAUUGUCAUGUGUUACGCACUGCAGUCUGCUUUAUGGAUGUUUACUUGUUUAUUUUUUUUUCCUUUAGGAGUUCAGAUUUACAUACUGCCCUGUUGCAAUUCUUACAUAGAACUACAUAUACUGAAUAUUUGUUUCUAAAAAUUACUCUUUAACUCACAAACUAGUCACUUAGGUACUUGUUAAAUCAAAGAUUAUAUAAAAGUGUUUAAUUUUGAAUGAAAACCCAAUAAAAGAAUUGGUCAGUGUUAUGAAAA